CCCCGGAGACGUUCCUCUGCAGAGAGGCGGCGGCGCCCGGCUCACCUGCAGAAGCGCCUCAGAAGCUAGCGCCCCUAACAUGCGGCUGCCGCUGCUUGUGUCCGUGGGCGUCCUGCUGGUGGCUCUCCUGCCCUGCCCGCCAUGCAGAGCCCUCCUCAGCCGGGGGCCCGUCCCGGGCGCCCGGCAGGCUCCACAGCACCCGCAGCCCCUGGAUUUCUUUCAGCCGCCGCCGCAGCCCCAGCAGCCGCAGGCUCGGCCCGUGCUACUCCGCAUGGGGGAGGAAUACUUCCUCCGCCUGGGGAACCUCAAUAAGAGCCCCGCUGCUCCCCUCUCGCCCGCUUCCUCCUCUCUCGCCGGCGGCAGCGGCAGCGGCCUUUCUUCGGACGAGGUGGCCGCCAACUUUUUCCGCGCAUUGCUGCAGCAGCUGCCGCUGCCCCGGCGCCCGCUCGACAGCCCAGCGGGUCCCGCGGAGCGCGGCGCCGAGAACGCCCUCGGCGGCCGCCAGGUGGCACCGGAGAGGGAGAGGCGAUCCGAGGAACCGCCCAUCUCGCUGGAUCUCACCUUCCACCUCCUCCGAGAAGUCUUGGAAAUGGCCAGGGCCGAGCAGUUAGCGCAGCGAGCUCACAGCAACAGAAAACUGAUGGAGAUUGUUGGGAAAUGAAACGGUGCGUUUGGCAAAAAAGAUUCUGCAUUUAGCACAAAAAGUAAAAAUAAAAAAGUAAAAACAAUACAGUAUUCUUUACCAUAGCAUUGCUCUGAUAACCAUUUGUUUAUUUUUAUAUAGCUUGAAACGUAGAGGAUGUACAGCGAGAGCCUGUACUCCUUAAUUAGCAUGCACAAAGUGUAUUCACGUGCAGUAACAGCAACACAAUGUUAUUUGUAUUGUCUACUUUUAGUUUCCAUUUCCAGGUGUCUUUAAUGGUGUUUUAAAGAGAGUAUAGACCCAGGAGGAAACGUUUUGAAGAAGCUGACAGAAGUCACCCAAUUGAUUUUGUUGUGGUCUGAGCCAAAGAGAAUGUCAUUCUCUUGGUGGGUGAGACAAAAUCUGUAAGCUCUUUGAAUCAACUUUUCCUUGUAAACGUGUCAGUAAUAAAAUGUCUUUCCAAUCCUUGGCCAAUUUGGUUGUGUAAGAGAAUGUUGAAUAUUUAUAUUUUUAAUAAAAGCUGCAAAGGUAAUCGUGACUUUAUUUUUCCUCUUCAAUGUUCAUAGGGGAAAUACUCUCAGCUCCUGGUUGCCUCCAAACUGACUUCAACACAAAAAAACCCAC